AGUGGCCUGCACGCAGUGAUUGUACCUUUCCCUGCGCAAGGCACCAUCAAUCCUCUCAUUAAUUUGGCCCAGUUGCUCUCUUCAAGAGGGGUUUUCAUCACUUUCGUAAACAUGGAUUGGAGUCACAAGUGCAUGUCUAAAGCAGCUCAUAAUGAUGAUGAGCCCACGUUUAAGUUUCUCACCAUUCCAGAUGGAUUGCCGCCAGAUCAUGGUCGUCUCGCCAAUCUUGCUGAGUACGUAAUCGCAAUGGAAAAUCUUGGCCCUGUCUUGGAGCAUCAUUUGCUGAGCAGCUUAUUAGAUGGAAAAACUCCUCCCGUCACCUGCAUUAUAACAGAAAAUUUCAUGUCCUGCACUCACCAAGUGGCCAAAAAACUGGGAGUGCCCCGAGUGAUCUUCUGGACAUUGUGCGCUACCUCUUCUAUUGCUCAGUGCAACGCCAACCUUCUCCUCUCCCACGGACAUAUUCCUGUCAAAGUGGAGGACUCGAAGAGGGCGGACAAAGUGAUCACUUGUUUGCCCGGGAAUCUUCCACCUCUGUUACCGAGCGAUCUGUUCUCUUUCUACCGUGCUACCGACACAUCGGGCGUUUUAUUCCAGUGGGCCCUGCGUGAGACGGUAAGCGCACUGUCCUGUAAUGGCUGCCCUGCUUUGGCAGUAGGCCCUGUCUUUCUUCCCAAUUUUCUGGAAGGAAGAGAUUUGAACGGGCGUGGGAGUUUGCUGGAGCAGGACGAGAGCUGUCUGAAAUGGCUCGAUGCCCAAGACCCGGCUUCUGUGAUAUACGUUUCCUUCGGCAGCAUCGCUGUCAAAUCAAACGAACAGCUGGAGGAACUGGCAAUCGGAUUGGAUAAAAGCCAACACCCCUUUCUUUGGGUGUUACGAAUGGAUAUUGCGGGAGGCAUGCCUGCAACUCUGCCGGAGGGUUUCGAAGAGAGGACAAAAGAUCGGGGACUGAUUGUGAAAUGGGCGCCUCAGGUGAAAGUUCUGUCUCAUCCUUCCGUAGGAGGGUUCAUCAGCCAUUGCGGGUGGAACUCGUGUUUGGAGAGCAUGAGCAUGGGUAUUCCCAUUCUUGGAUGGCCCUAUUUCGCUGAUCAGUUUCUGGACUGCCGCUUCUGCAAGGAUGUGUGGAAGAUUGGCAUUGACUUGGAAGGUGUGGACGUUGAUGAAAAUCUGGUGAUCAAAAGGGAGGAGAUUGAGAGAGGCGUGAGGAGACUGAUGGAGGGUAAGGAAGCACAGGAGCUGAGAAAAAGAGUCAUGGAGUUGAAGGGGGCGGCAUUUAAAGCUGUUGGGGGUUCUUCUUAUACGAAUUUGAACAGGUUUAUCCAUGACAUGACACAACUUUCCAAAUCGGCUUCUGUUAAAACGGCGUAGCCCCAAAGCAUUCCAUCCAUCUGCUAAUUUCAUACAAUCUUCUCCGUUAAUAAAAAAAAUAGGUUUAUAAAGCACCCACCUUCGCCCUUGGCAUUUCAUCAUUCAUCUAUCAAUUCAACAGACGAUUUAUUAAAUGAUCUGUACUGGCUAUUGUAUUUUGGUACA